CACACUCCUAAAAUGGGAUGUAGACUAUAUUUACAGGAAAUUUUUUGCAGCUCAUCAUGGCAUCGACAACAGGAGAUGUUACCAAUACUGCAGCAGGCCAAGAAAAUGGUAGCCAACAGAAUGUAGUUGAUCGGGUGACCAGUCUGCCACUUGUGAGUUCUGCCUGUGACCAAGUGUCUGCUGCAUAUGCAAGCACCAAGGAGAGCUAUCCUGCUGUGAAGACCAUCUGUGACGUGGCAGAGCAGGGAGUGAAGACAAUGGCAGCUACAGUGGCUAGUGGUGUUAAACCAGUUAUAGACAAGCUGGAGCCUCAAAUUGCAGUAGCUAAUGAGUAUGCCUGUAAAGGUUUGGACAAGCUGGAGAAGUUGCCUAGCCUUCAUCAGGCUACAGACCAGGUCCUUCCUGAAACAAAGAAGCUGCUAACAUCCAAGAUGGCUGACAUGAAAGAAUCAGUUGUGGGAGUUGUUGACAUGACGACAGCUGCUGUACAAGGCAACCUGGAAAGAACUAAAGCAGUUGUGGCUGAAGGGACCAGUGCUGUGGGUCAACUGGUAACUACUGGCAUAGAUAUUUCUCUCUCCAAAUCUGAGCAGCUGGUUGAUCACUAUCUUCCAAUGACCAAGGAAGAACUAGAUUCUCUUUCAGCUGAAGCAGCCACUUCCACUGAAGGUUCAGACACUUUGCCAAAAGAGCAGAGUUUUUAUGUGCGCUUGGGAUCUUUAUCUUCUAAAGUUCGCAGUCGUGCAUACCAGUACUCUAUUGCCAAGAUGCAAAAAGCCAAACAGAAUGGCCAGGAGACGCUUUCUCAUCUCCAUAAUCUUGUAGAUUUGAUUGAAACAGCCAACAAAAGUGCAGAAUCAGCACAACUCAAAUUACAAGAUGUUCAAGCAACUUUGAGUCAGAUCCUACUUGACUGGAGGAAGCAACAGCCCAAUGCUGAAGCUGAGGAGCUGUCUGAGAAAACUGAACAAGUUGAGUCUGAAAUGCUGGCUGUGACUCAGAAUCUGUCUUCUAAACUUCAAACCAUCUGCCAGACCCUGUCAUCAAAUGUUCGCGGUUUGCCCCAGAAUAUUGAAAAUCAGGUGCAGCACAUCUGUAAACUGGCAGAAGAGAUCUACAAUACUGUUUCAUCAGCCACUGCAUUCCAAGAUUUGUCAAUACCAUUCUUGAUCCAGAGUAAAGAGCAAAUGAAGAAGAUUCGUGAAGCUAUGGAUGGGGUGAUGGAUUACCUGGCUCACAAUACUCCCCUGAAUUGGCUGGUGGGACCCUUUAUCCCACAGCUGACUGAGGAUCAGGAGCCUCGCGGAUCAGAUGACAAAGUAGCUUGAUACUGAUCUAUCCCAGUGGAUUAGUCCCUUGGGCUUGAAUCAGAUUUCUCAAUGUUUGCUGCCACUUGAAAUCAAGCUGUAGAACAGUUGAUUUUUAAUGCUAACUUAAAUGGAUGACUCUAACUACAUUUUUCUAAGGCAACUUUCAUUUUUGUCUUGUUGAGGUCAUCACAUUCAUCUGAUCUGUAACAAUUGCUUGUCUUCAAUUUGAAACCUGUCUGCCUCUUUUAAAUGAUUACAAUGAUGGGUGUAAUUGCAAUAAACUGGCAUAUAAAAGUCAA